AUGGCUAGCUGGAAGCAUGCCUUCUCCCUCUCCAAGGCUGAAGUUAAGGAGGCAAAGCCACCAGGCACUGUUGUUCUCAUAGAACAUCACGGGAAAACGGACACUGAAGCCUCAGGAGAUACCGACACGAGAGUCCGACACCCGAUACCGUCCGCAGACCCUGCUGAUCCUCUCAACUGGGCGCCAUGGCGAAAGCAUGCUGUGCUGGCUGUGGCAGCAUUGUACGCAUUCAUCUCCAACUUCACCGCUGCCUGUAUCGCUCCUGCACUAGAACUCUUUCCCGUGGUGUAUCCGAAUGAGCACAGAACAUUCGCGGAGGUGUCCAGACUUAUUGCUGUGCACGUUUUGUUCCAGGGUGCCGGAAAUAUAUUAUGGGUUCCGUUGUCGAACAUUCUUGGCCGCCGACCUGUACUACUUGCCGCAACGCUUAUGUUGACUCUGUGUACGCUCUGGUGUGCCGUGGCGCCAACGUAUGACUCUUUGCUCGCAGCCCGUUUGUUCCAGGGACUUGGAAAUGCUGCCGCCGAAACGGUUUCGCCGGCACUUAUUGGGGACGUAUACUUCAUGGAUGAGCGAGGAAGAGCAAUGGCCGUAUACACAAUCUUUUUAGUGGCCGGAUCACUCGUCGGUGGCCUGGCAGGUGGAAAGAUAGCAUUUACGCUGGGAUGGACCUACAUCUUCUGGAUUUCGCUGGCGCUGUCGGCGCUGACCUUCCUCGGAACUCUCUUCUUCAAUCCUGAAACACUAUACCAAAGAGAAUAUAUCUUCCCCAGGGACCAUGAGGUUGACCAGAAGGGGACCAAGGACGGACGUGCUCACGUGGAAGGUACCGUGUUGGCACCCACCGAAACCUCGCCAACCACCUACCCGCCCUACACUUUCGUGAGAUCGCUCGGCUUCAUUAAGCCCCCAGGCGGUUGGGUUCACCAGUUCUUGCAACCGUGGCGCACACUGAAGCUGCCUGGAACUUGGGUAGUGAUGUUUCACUAUGCCGGACUCGUCGGCGGCAUCGUCACCAUAUCAACCAUUGGUCCACAGAUCGUAGCCAUGCCUCCCUAUCUCUGGGGCGCCAACGCGGGCUUGAUCAAUAUCGGAGCCCUUGUCGGCAACUUGCUGGGUGCCAUCUAUACCUACGUCCUGUCUGACUCGCGCCUGGCGAAGCAGGCUAAGCACGAGAGCCACGGUUUUGCGGAGCCUGAAAGUCGUCUCCCUACCAUGCUACCAGCUCUCUUCAUUGCUACUGCUGGGUUUUUCAUUUUCGGAUUCUGCGCCCAGAAUCCUGGACCGGCGGUCUGGGUUGGUCUCCAAUUUGGGUAUGGAAUGGUUGCAUUUGGUCUCAUGCAAGUUCCCUCGAUCGGUUUCAACUACCUGAUCGACUCCUAUUCAUACCUCGCCGCGGAUUGCUUCGUAAUGGUCACCAUUCUGCGUGCUAUUAUUGCGUUCGCUUGGACAUUCUUCGUUGCGGAAUGGGUCGCUGCUAGAGGCGCAGCAGAGCCUUUCGGGAUCUUCGGUAUGCUGAUGGCAAUCUUCUCACUCUUGACUAUACCCCUGUGGCUUUACGGGAAGCGUAUGAGAAUUGCGACUGCAGGAUUGCUGGAGCAUUAA